UAAAAAUAUUGCACGUGCCUUUUACAAAAACUAUGACUUGAGACAAACCAAAGUGGGCGAGGAGGGGGUCUGCUCCUGCUGCCGACACGUGCUUCUGCGCAGACGCAGUAGGCGAUCCGCCUUGACCACGCGCUCAGGUAAGACACCUGGAAGCAGCUCGUCAGUGGUGUUAGCAGGAGGCAGGUGUUCAGGUGAAGGUGAUGACGUAGUCUGUGCGCGCGGAGCUGCAGUGAUGUGGGAAACUUGAACGAUGAUCAGCACAGCCGAGCAGGGAGGGGGCCAUUCCCACACGGACACGCACGCGCGCGUUCACGGCGUCAUCCGCCCACUGAGACAAAGGACAAUCAUUGUUCAGAGAUAAACGGCUGAGUGUCUCCUCCAGCUCCAUGAGAACAGACAUGCACAUCCAGCCCAGCAGGAGCACAGCUGAGUGUCUGUCUGUGGUGACAGUUCUCCCUCAGACCGAAUCUGACUGACUCUAGUUCUCUAGCUCCCACAUUCCCAUUCAGCUGGACUGUCUUGGAGCUCCAGAGGAACCUGAGGGUGAUUCACUGGUUUAUCUCCGUUCACAGAUUGUUUUAUUCCUCCCUCUUUGGACUAAAUCAUGAGGAAAUGUGAUGAAGCAGAUGCAGGAGGAAGAGGAGCGUGUGGACCCAUGAUGCAGCCGAGAUGAGGACCGUUUUUCCCGUGUGCCGAGGGGAUGAGGACGGGGAGCCCCGCGGCCUCCGUGGCAGGAUGAGGAGGAUGCCGUGGCUGAAGCCUGGUCAGGGCGAGGGCGUCCACACGGACACGGAGCCCGGCGUGUGGCUCAGGAGCUUCCAGCUGCUGGACACCAGACCCAAACCUGAAGACCCGGUGCACGAGUGGGUCGACGAAGGGGAGGAGGACGCCGUGUUCGGCAUCACCCUGCGCAGGGAGCCCGUCCCGCCGAGCGCAGACCCCGCAGAGCCUUCGUCAUCUGCUUUCGGCUGCGUCCAGUACCACGCAGUCAAGGUGCGGCGGUUAAAGGCCGGCACGCUGGAGCGCCUGGUCACACAUCUGCUGGACCCGGAGAGCCGCGAGCCGGACUUCGUCCACAUCUUUCUGUCCACGUACAGGGCCUUCACCUCGCCCCGGACGCUGGUGGAGCUGCUGUUUCAGAGAGAAGAGACCUUCUCCAACCUGGAAACCUCCGUCAGCUCCUGCAGGUGAGAGGAUGUUUGCCCUUUUGUUCGGGGAAAGAGCAGAUGUUUCUGGUUGUUCUGACAGCCCCCCCCCCCCC